GAGAAAAUGGAUAACAUCACAGCAAGCGAAGUUGCAGGUUUGGGAGUUGGCACGCUUCUCCUUUGUGCCACCAUUGCUGCCCCCAAAAUCGAUGCUUUCUUCUCUUCUUCUCAGCGCAGUGCACUGGGGAUGUGCAGGCGAUGUGGCAAUCUGAGGAGAUUAGCUUGUUCUAGAUGUAAAGGAACUGGCUCAGUCAAAGAAGGUGGAAUACUAAGACUCGGUAGUAACCUCAUAGAUGACUUGUAUGAAAAUCUUGGUUAUCAAUCAAAGGUCAAGCAGAUAUCUUGUGUAAAAUGUCAAGCCAGAGGUUACUUUUCAUGUCCUGAAUGUUCUAAACAAUAAUCAAUGUGAUUUUAUUUAUAUUGUGGCAAGAAAACCUCACAGAUGGUGAUAUGUAACAGCAGUUUUAUCCUUUAUACCUUGUUGCAAGAACAGAUGCAUGAUCAAGAUGCUGCUUGUUAAUCAGGAUUAGCGGUAUGUGUUGGUUUGUAAUAUUUUGAUUCCAUUAUUGUCCUUGACUGAUAAGGUAAGCAUUGCAAUAGUCUAUCCUUUUCACUUUCUUGCUUUUUA